CUCAGCCUCCCAGUAAAUUACAACCGGCAGCCUUCACUCAUCCUCCAGAGAAGCCACCUGGAGCAGGAGCAGCUGUCCUAACCCCAACCCGGAGGAAGGACGACGCAGGGGGAGCGGGGAAGCGUCUCUUUACUGGAGCCAAGCCUCUCAUUACGGCGAGGUUGUUAAUCGCUGCUGCACGCACGGGGCGGCGCGGCUCAGAGUGUCGCCGGCGCGCUGAGUGGAGGGAGGUGCUUCUGGUGCCGGAGAUCAGGGGGCAUGUUCACCAGGUUCCGGCUCCGCCUCAACUCGGUCUCUGAUGGGUCGGACAUGGCCGACAGGAGCCCGGUGGAACACGCUUGGGCCGAACCAAAAGAGCCCGAACCUGAGCCAGACGACCUGGACUGGGAUAGCUACAGCGCCACGCUGGACCACAGACUAGAGGCUGAGCAGCAGAGUGCCCAGGCGUCGGAGCAGCGCUGUGUCCAGUUGGAGCAGGUGCGCGCCGGGCUGGAGGAGCAGCUAGAGGAGGAGAUGGCCUGUUCGGGCCAGCUGGCCAUGCAGCGUGACCGGCUGCAGGCCGAGUGCAACAGCCUCCGGCUGGACAUGGACGAGCUGGAGGCCGCCCUGACCUCCGCCGAGCAGGAGAAACAGGGUUCUAACCGGGAGGUGAGGCGGCUUCUUGAGGUGCUGUCUCUGAAGGAAGAGGCGGUGGAGAAGCUCCAGAGGGAGAAGGAACACCUGGCCGAGCUCAGCCAGCAGGCCAUCGAGGACUUGCAGCAGGAGGAGGAAAAGGUGAAUCUUCUGACCAAAGAGAAGGCCAAGCUGCAGAUGAAAGCUGAAGACCUGGAGCACCGGCUGGAGAUGGAGCGCCAGCAGAGGGGCGAGGUGGAGAAGAGCCGGCGCAGGCUGGAGGGGGACAGCCGCUCCACCCUGGAGAGUCUGGAGGAGGUGGAGAAGCGGAGGGGCGGCUUGGAGGACAUCCUCAAAAGGAAGGACCUGGAGAUCUGCAACACGGCCACCAAGCUGGAGGCUGAGGAGACUCACAGUGCUGCCCUGGAGAGGAGGGGCAAGGAGCUGCAGAAGCAGAACCUGAGGCUGGAGGUGGAGGACCUGGCCUCCGCCCUGGACACCCUGCAGAAGGCCAAGGCCUCCACUGACAUCCAGCUAAAGAAGCUCGAGGAGCAGCUGUCAGACGCCUGCAGUAGGGGAGAUGACCUCCAGAGGGCGCUGACGGAGGUCAACGUGGCCAGGAACAGACUCACAGUUGACAACGCAGACCUGAGCCGGCAGCUGGAGGAGGUGGAGGGGCGGGCCUGUCAGCUGACCCGCUCCAAGUCUCUGGUCCACACGCAGCACGAAGAACUCCGGAAGAGCCUGGACGAGGAGGUCAAGUGUAAGCAGACCCUGGGCGGGUCGCUGAACGCGGCGCGGCAGGAGUGUGAGCUGCUGAAGGAGCAGCUGGAGGAGGAGCAGGAGGGAAAGCUGGAGCUGCAGCGCCUGGUGUCCAAGCUCAACACGGAGACCACCCACUGGAGGGGCCGCCUGGAGGCGGACGCCCUGCAGCACGCCGACGAGCUGGAGGAGACCAAGAAGAAGCUGCUGUCCCGGCUCCAGGAGGCGGAGGAGGCGUCCGAGGCCACCCAGGCCAAGUGCUCCUCGCUGGAGAAGACCAAGCAGAGGCUGCAGGGCGAGGUGGAGGAGCUCUGCAUGAGCCUCGAGAAGGCAAAUGGGUGUGGGCAGGCCCUGGACAAGAAGCAGCGUGUGCUGGAGAAGCAGCUGACGGACUGGCGGCAGAAGAGGGAGGAGCUGGUGGCGGAGGUGGAGACGUGCCAGAAGGAGAGCCGCCUGCACGCCGCCGAGCUCUUCAAGCUCAAGUCGGCCCACGAGGAGGCGCUGGAGCACCUGGAGGCGCUGCGGCGCGAGAACAAGGCCCACCAGGAGGAGAUCGGCGACCUGACAGACCAGCUGUCGGACGGCGGCAAGAGCGUCCACGAGCUGCAGAAGGCCAAGAAGAAGAUGGAGAUGGAGAAGGAGGAGCUGCAGGGCUCGCUGGAAGAGUCGGAGGCGGCGCUGGAGGUGGAGGAGACCAAGGUGCUGAGGCUGCAGCUGGAGCUAAGCCAGGUCCGGGGGGAGCUGGAGCGCAAGCUGCAGGAGAAGGAGGAGGAGGCGGAGGCUGCCAGGAAGAGCAACCAGAGGGCGGUGGAGUCCCUGCAGGCCAGUCUAGACGUGGAGGUCAAGGGUCGCGGGGAAGGCCUGAAGCUGAAGAAGAAGCUGGAGGCGGACCUCAAUGAUCUGGAGGUGCAGGUGGACCUGCUCACCAAGACCAACGCCGAGCUCAGCAAGAACGGCAAGAAGAUGCAGCAGCAGAUCAAGGAGCUCCAGGCUCAGAUGGAGGAGGAGGUGCGGAGCGGGGAGGAGCGUCGGGAGGAGCAGGCGGUGGGCGACCGGCGCUACCUCCAGGUGGCCGGAGAGAACCAGGAGAUGCGCGCGGUGCUGGAGACCACCGAGAGGGCCCGCAAGACCCUGGAGGCGGAGCUACAGGAGGUCACCGAGAAGUGCUGCCUCCUCAACAGCCAGCUGCAGUCGUCGGUCAGCAUGCGGAGGAAGCUGGAGCUGGACCUGCAGGCCCUGCUGCAGGAGCACGAGGAGGUGCAGACGGAGCUGCGAGGAGCCACAGAGAGGGCCAAGAAGGCCGGGGGGGAGUGGGUGCGCGUGGCGGAGGAGCUCCGUCUGGAGCAGGAGGCGGCGGUGCAGCAGCAGCGGCUGAAGAAGGCUCUGGAGGCGCAGGCGAAGGAGCUGGGGGUCCGGCUGGACGAGGCCGAGCAGAUGGGCCUGAAGGGGGGCAAGAAGAUCAUCCAGAAGCUGGAGGGAACGGUGAAGGAGCUGGAGCUGGAGCUGGACGCAGAGCAGAAGCGCCACGGAGAGACGGUGAAGAGCCUCCGGAAGAACGAGCGUCGUCUGAAGGAGCUGGUGUUCCAGUCGGAGGAGGACCAGAAGAACCAGCAGCGCAUGCAGGAGCUGGUGGAGCGGCUGCAGAACAAGAUGAAGGCCUACAAGAGACAAGUGGAGGACGCCGAGGAACAAGCCAACAUGAACCUGGCCAAGUACAGGAAGACGGUCCACGAGCUGGACGACGCCGAGGAGCGGGCGGACAUCGCCGAAACGGCGCUCACUAAGAUCAGGACCAAGCGACGGGACAGCUUCAGCAAGGGCUACUCCUCUGGCUACAGCACCCCCUACCCGGGACUGGUGAGGUCUCCCAGCUCAGCCGGGUCGGAGGGCAGGUGUGAGAAGCUCAACGAUGACGAUGCAGAGUCCGUUAACUCCCUCAUCCCGGCAUACCUCAACUCACUCAAGAAGCUCAUGAUCGACUAAGGAGCGCUCGGGGCUACUUUCACUUUUGGUUUCACUUUCACUUUGAGUUUUCACUUUCAGGUCCGAUUCUUUCAGGGUGCCCCUAUGACUAGCUCUCGCUGACAUUGAAGAAAAUAAUCCCACGUUGAAAAAUAAGGCGUAGGAUUAACUACUUUAUAUUAUAUAAGUAUAUGAGUCACAGCAAAUUGUAAUGCUGCAAAAAUAGUAGACAUUUUAAAUAGUAAUGUUAUGUUGAAUGUUUGAGUACUGGGAUUAAUUGUUCAAACCGCAUUACUUAGUUAAAAUCAAUGAAAAAUCAAUGAAAAAUACAACUAUUAAUGUCCUUUAACAAAAUGUGAUAUUUAGGCUAUUCAUAUUUUCUACUUUGGUUUGCAUUUUAUUUAGCUAAGAUUAUAUUCUCUGUAAAAGUCUGAAGUGGGGAUAUAUCAUUAGUAAGAAAUUUAAAUACAAUUUGAGCUACCUAUCUUUUUCUACUAUUCUAUUAUUGUAUAUUAACUCUUGAUAAUUGUUUGAACGAUGCUAGAUUACUCAAAUAUGGCAUUACAGCCUGGAAUAAAAACAUCAUCACAGUAGAAUAUACAUAAUAUUUCUGGGUUAUCUUUUUAAGUGUCAUGGUUUGAUUGACAUAAUCAGUACGUCAAAAGGCACGGUUAUACUGUAAUAUUUUUGUAAAGAAAAUAGAUUGAAUAUGGACAAUCUUAAUUGGUUGUUUCGACAAUCCACAUUUUAUCCUUUUGAAUUGUUCUGACUUGUAGAGAACUAAAUGCAGUGCAGGAUUCUGUUUGUGAUGGGAUAUAUAUUGUUUGCCUACUCUUUAGGGGAAAAUAAUAUUUACACAUCACUGAAUAUAUACAUGCAUAUUCCUGCCCCCAAAAAACAAAUUUGUCCAAAAUAAUGUUUUUGAAUGUGAAUGUUUUUCAGUUUUUUAAAUUACGUUACCAAAUUAAAAAUCUAUAAUCUUCUUUUCAA